ACUCAGUCCAAUUUGACUGAACACAGGCACAGCAUAAACCAAAAGAUUAUUUGAUUCUUAAUUUCCUAGUUCAUCUUUGUUGUUUGAUUACUGAUCAGGUUCAAGCUCAAGCUCAAACUCACCAUACCAGUGGCUCAACGGCAUGGAAUGGGAAGCGAAGAGCAUUUUAAUGGCCCGUCUUCUUCCCCACGGUGCUAAACUUACAGAAACUGGCGAUAUCGUGAGCGUCGUAACCACCCUCCAGAAAAUCGCCACCCUCGCCGCCCCAGACGGCGACGCCCUUCAACGCGUCGCCACUUACGCCAACGAAGGCCUCGCUUAUCGGAUGCUCAAUAAGUACAUACCUGGUCUGUCGGAAUCACUCCGGCUGACAAAUCGCUUGUCAGCGUCGGAGCUGGUUCUUGUCCGGAGACUCUUCCGAGAGUUGUGUCCCUUCUUGAUGUUCUCGUACUGGAUCUCGAAUCACGCCAUCGCCGAAGCCAUGAGAGGCGAACCGGUGAUACAUGUGAUCGAUUUCAACGCUUCCGAUCCAGAGCAGUGGAUCCAUUUUCUUCAUACAUUGAAGGAUCUGUGUCACGCGGAUAAUCGACCUCUGCCGUUUCUGAAAAUCACGGGGAUUCACGAGAAGAAGGAAGUUCUUGAACAAACGGGGUUUCUGUUGAUGAGAGAGGCUGAGAAAUUGAAAUUCCCUUUCUUCUUUUAUCCAUUUGAGUGCAAAUUGGAGAAUCUGAUGUUUGAAAAAUUGCCUUUGAAGCCAGAAGAGCCUCUUGCAAUCGUUUCUGUUCUUCAGCUCCAUUCCCUUCUCGCUGCUGAUGAUAAUCAAACGGCCACGACGGGGAUUAAUUCUCCUGCAGAGUUGCUUGGGAAACUUAGGAUCAGACCAAGUCCUGAUUCAGCUCUUUCUCCAUGUGCUUCCCCUAAGAUGGAGUGUUUUCUAAAUGCAAUCUGGAACCUCAAACCCAGGUUGAUGCUCAUCACUGAGCAAGAAUCAAAUGCUAACGAGCAUGCUCUCAAGACAAGGCUAGAGAAUGCACUCAUAUUCUACGGUGCACUCUUUGAUUGCUUAGAAGCCAAUGUUCCUAAAGCAAGAGAAGCAGAUAGAACAAUCAUGGAGAGGAUGCUUCUGGGUGAAGAAAUCAAGAACAUCAUUGCUUGUGAAGGAGUUCAGAGAAAAGAGAGACAUGAGAAAGCUGAGACAUGGGUUCGAUGGCUUGAGCUUGCUGGGUUUCAAAGAAGAUCUUUGAGCUAUGCUAGAAUGUUGCAGGCAACAAGGCCAUUGCAGAACUAUGGAAGAGGAUACAAGCUUAUAGAGCAUGAUCAAUGCCUCUUUGUUUGUUGGGAUGAUCGACCUCUCUACUCAAUAUCAGCAUGGAAGUUCUAAAGACUUCAACUCAUCAUCAAGGAGAGAAAUAGAGAUAAAGACGAUGGUAUGCAUUGGA